UGAAUACGAGCUACAUUUAGAGCAAUUACUUGACUAGAAAACAACUGUCAAUCAUUCUUAAAGGGGAAGGAUUCCAAUUAAUAAACCUCUUCAGUCCUCGUGUUAGAGCCAUUCUUCAGUCUAGUUCUGUGGGGUAAAAGAUUGAGAAAAGGCAAUCAACAAAACACAGACGAGGGUCGUGUUAUAAACAUUGAAUAUUACCAACUGUUGAUUUAAAUGAAUUUGGAUGAGCGUCAAAAGUCUUCCCAAGUGGAGAUUGAGCGGCUUUACGAAAGCGAAGGCGUGUUCAGUUCUUCUGCCAGAGAGGAACAGGUGGAAUAUCCUCGUACUUCAGAUUGGAAUCACAUCCGCUAGAAGGUUCUGAUAUCAGCAGACCCCUGUGAGUCCUUCUGAAAUUUGGAUUUCGGCUGGAGCCAACUUUAGUGCAGCUUUCUCUUCUGUAGGACUUGGGACAAUCCCUAACGUUCGAAUGCAUUUAUCACUGGAUAGCAUGAACAUGGUGGACGAAGGUUGCCUCUCGCCCAAUAACUUCCAUGAGCUGGUUAAAGGAGGUGGGGUGGCUGUGGGAACCCGUGUCCACAGCAUUGAUGUCAUCCUAGGCUUCAGUAAGGAGCAGGACCCCUUGCUUCACCCCAAUGGUCAUGCUGGGCCACAUAAAGUUGGAGUGGAUGGCCUAGGAGACCCCAGAAAGCAGGACCAAACUCACUCCUAUGGACACCUCUCCACCCUAAGGGACAACCCUGAGCAGCCCUCUUUUCAUGACCCAGACAUGUACUCGAACAAGUGCGACGGCGGCAUGAAUGAACUCCACAAGGGUGUCGAUAGUGAGGACAAAUCCCCAGAGCCUGCCGACGAGGAGCCGCCCAAGAAGAAGCAUCGGCGCAACCGCACCACCUUCACCACCUACCAGCUGCACGAGCUGGAGCGUGCCUUCGAGAAGUCUCACUAUCCCGACGUUUACAGCCGCGAAGAGCUGGCCAUGAAAGUUAACCUCCCUGAAGUCAGAGUGCAGGUGUGGUUCCAGAAUCGCAGAGCCAAAUGGAGGCGCCAGGAGAAAAUGGACGCGAGCAGUAUGAAGCUCCACGACUCUCCGGUGCUGUCCUUCAAUCGGCCACCUAUGCACACCAACAUGGGACCAGUGACCAACUCUUUGCCCCUGGAUCCAUGGCUUACAUCCCCGCUGACCAGCGCCACGCCUGUACACAGCAUCCCAGGGUUCAUGGGCCCGUCACAGGGCCUUCAACAAGGAUAUACGAGCCAUGGUUUCCUGAACACCAAUCAGUCCAUGGGCCAAGGGAUGCAGACGAUGGCCCCCCCUCCAUACCAGUGCCCUGCAGCUUACUCUGAUAAAUACCCAAUGGAGGACGUGGAUCAGCGAAGCUCUAGUAUUGCCUCUUUGAGGAUGAAAGCCAAGGAACACAUUCAGUCCAUGGACAAAACAUGGCAACCCAUGUGAUCAGCUGAUACAUGGUUCACACGUAACUGUAUCACUUUCACUGUCCAGAGGGCUAUUUUCAUAUCGAGCACAUGAUGCGGGCAUCUGGAACAUUUUUUGUCCUGCUUACGUUUUUGGCAUUGAAAUAGUAAAACUGGUUUUCUAGUGUGCUCCCAUUGGAGCUAUCUUGUGCAUGGUAACCACUGGUGUAGAGGCUGGAUGAUAGAGCAUGGUACAGAAAUGUGUCGUGUUUCUUGAGUGCCGUUGAACACCAUGCAUAUUUGUGGAACAAAUUAAUCUGAGCUGAAGAAGAGCUACGUCUGAAAGGGACCAUUGGGAUUUUAAAAACUGGAGGGUUUAUGAGAAAUCUUGAUUUUUUUUAUUUUAUUUGUGUGCUGAUUUGUUUUUAAAUCAGCAGUAGUUUGUACUUUCUGACCAGCUGCAUUCAUUUGGUUGUGUUUUUCAUCUCAUGGUUUAUCUCAAAGGCCUCACUUUGUGAAAGAGGAUUGCAUGAGGUAACUGUUGUUUCCCUGUUGGAGAACAGUAUGCUGCAUGACACACGUUCAUCUGGUCUAUUAUGGUCCUGUUGCUCAUGGUGUGAUCUACUGUACAGUAGGAAUAUGAUAACAUAAAUAUUUUUAUACCAUGCUUUUGUAAGAAAAAUAUAUAAAUCUAUUCUACAGAUGUUUAAAAUUUUGACAAAAUCACACAUUUAUCUUCCAAACUCCAAAACAAUCAUUCCUCGUAAAAGCUUUGAGUUCCUCCCGUAACUGCACACGAGUUCAUGCAACUUUAAAGUUAGACUACGUUAUGCAAAGCACACAUAAUGAAAUGAAAUCACUCUUUUAUAGUAUGGUAUAACAGCCACACUGUACUAUUUACACUCAUGUAUAAUACUUCUGGAUAGAGUUUUUAGAUAUUGGAUGUAGUCAAGAACAGUUUCUUUGCAGGUCUGUACAUACCUUUUAAAAAGCAAGGUUAAGUACAGGUAUAUGUCACUUUUGUUAUCUUAUAAUAAUGCCUAACAUGCAUUGGAAGUUGGUAUGCUUUACAAUAAUGAUGGGAUAGAAUAUGAAUGAUAGUAAAUCCCUUUCAGGGAAUUGCAUACAGUAAUUGACCCUGGUAUUUUGGUUGGAUGUGAAUACUUGAUAUCACAGGUCUAAUAAACUUUUAUGAAUGACGAAA